AUGGACCUAAUCAAUCCGUAUAUGCGGCAUCAUAGUUUCGCGGCAGCCGCCCAGGGUAGUCCACCGUCGGCGGCGCAACGUCAUCACCAUUUGGCGGCGGCCAUGAGCAACGGAUUCGCCGAUGUCCAUGCCCAUGCCAUGGCGGCGGCGGAUUACCAACAGCAAUUGGCUGACUAUCAUAGUGCAGCAGCCGCUGCGGCAGUGUAUGCCAAUAAUAAUAAUAAUAACAACAAUAACAACAAUAAUAAUAAUAAUAGUAGUCACAACAAUAAUAGCAGUCCACUGAUGCUGCUAAAGGCGGCACAUGGCAAGGACACAGAUUCACCAUCUACGACACCGCCGCCGUUAGCCUCCUCCCGUCUCCAUUCCGACUCCUCGCCAUCGCCACGGUAUGAGCACAACUCUAGUCCUGGAGUGGACAGUGCCAAGUCGUAUGCCCUGAGUCAAAGGAGCAGUGGAGGUGAGGAUCCUGGCCAGAACAGUGAGUCUGCCAGUCCGCCGCCUCAGGCAGCGGGUGACUUUAGUCCCGAGAAUCUUAGCAGUCAGCGGAACAAGUUCCAGCAUCAUCAUCAUGGCGUUAAUCCGCUGGCCCAUCAUAGUGGGAAUCCUGGACACCAUCACCUCCAUCUCAGCAAUAACAACAACAACAACAAUAGCAGUAGUUUGGAUCAUAAGCUACCAUUGAGUUUCCUUGGUCCCCCACUGGCCGCUCUCCACUCCAUGACCACGGAAAUGAAGGGCGGUCAGGGUGGUGUCGGCGCUGUGGGUGGAUCGGGCAAUGGUUUGUCCUACGGCCACAGUCCCAACUCGCAUCUGAUCAGUGAUCGAGGAUCGGGAGGCAGUUCCUCCUCCUCAUCGACCACGGCCACCACCACGAAUAGCCAGGGAGCGGCCAAUCCACAUGGCAUCGAUACGAUCCUAUCAAAACCACCGCCAGUUACAUCAGCGGGUCUAAGUGCUUUAACAGGAGCUGGGAUUCCCCGCUUCUCAAUUGCCGCCGCCGCCGCGGGCAUGGCCCAGUAUCUGUCCCAGAGCCAAGGUGCUCCUCUAAAGACCCAUGCUGGCCACAUUGUGGACCGCACGCACCUGUAUUGGCCAGGAUUACAAGGAUUGGUGGCCAAUCCAAUAGCGUGGCGAGAGAGACUUUCCAAUACAAUGUCUGCCAAUCUGUCCCAGUCUCAUCAGCAUCAUCCUUCCAAUGACAAGGAUGGUAAGAAGAAACACACCCGCCCAACAUUCAGUGGUCAACAGAUCUUUGCCCUGGAGAAGACAUUCGAGCAAACCAAAUAUCUGGCCGGACCAGAGCGUGCCAAGCUCGCUUAUGCCUUAGGAAUGUCCGAGUCGCAGGUUAAGGUCUGGUUCCAGAAUCGUCGCACCAAAUGGCGCAAGCGGCAUGCGGCGGAAAUGGCCACCGCGAAGAGGAAACAGGAUGACAUGGGUGGCGAUAACGAUGGCGAUUGCAGCGAGACCAUGGACAGCGAUAACGAAAGCAUCGACUUGGGGGAAUCCCCCGCCCAGAGCAAGAGAUGUCGCAGCAAUAGCUCCGGCUCCUCGCAGCAGCAACAGCAGCAGCAGCAGGAUAAUUAUCGCCAUUAAAACGAAUUUACAAACUACGGACGAAACUCGCAAUGAAAUGGAAUGGAAUACACUUAAAAUA